AGCCCCUUUCCCGGAAGGCACCGAGGCGGCGCCGGCCUCCGGGGGCGGCCUCGGCGAUGGCGGCUGGUAGGCGGGUGCUCUGUGCCUAGCCAGAGAAGCCGUGUCGCUGGAGGAUGGCCUCGCUUGGGCCGGCCGCUGUGGGCGAGCAGGUCCCGGGGGCCGAGGCGGAGCCGGGCGCCGCGGGGCCUCCGCCGCCACCGCCACCGCCGCCGUCGUCCUCUCUGGGGCCCCUGCUCCCCCUGCAGCGGGAGCCGCUAUACAACUGGCAGGCGACCAAGGCGUCGCUGAAGGAGCGCUUCGCCUUCCUUUUCAACUCGGAGCUGCUGAGCGAUGUGCGCUUCGUGCUGGGCAAGGGCCGCGGCGGCACGGCCGCCGGGGGCCCGCAGCGCAUCCCCGCGCACCGCUUUGUGCUGGCGGCCGGCAGCGCCGUCUUCGACGCCAUGUUCAACGGCGGCAUGGCCACCACCUCGGCCGAGAUCGAGCUGCCCGACGUGGAGCCAGCCGCCUUCUUGGCGCUGCUGAGAUUUCUGUAUUCAGAUGAAGUUCAAAUUGGCCCAGAGACAGUUAUGACCACUCUUUAUACUGCUAAGAAAUAUGCAGUCCCAGCCCUGGAAGCACAUUGUGUGGAAUUUCUCACCAAACAUCUUCGGGCAGAUAAUGCCUUUAUGUUACUUACUCAGGCUCGAUUGUUUGAUGAACCUCAGCUUGCCAGUCUUUGUCUGGACACCAUAGACAAAAGCACCUUGGACGCAAUAGGCGCAGAGGGCUUUACCGACGUCGACAUUGACACACUCUGUGCAGUUCUGGAAAGAGACACACUUAGUAUCAGAGAAAGUCGACUUUUUGGAGCUGUUGUGCGAUGGGCAGAAGCGGAAUGUCAAAGACAGCAGUUGCCUGUGACUUUUGGAAAUAAACAGAAAGUUCUAGGAAAAGCACUGUCCUUGAUCCGGUUUCCACUGAUGACCAUUGAGGAGUUUGCAGCAGGUCCUGCUCAGUCUGGAAUUUUGUCCGACCGUGAAGUGGUCAAUCUGUUUCUUCAUUUUACGGUCAAUCCUAAGCCCCGAGUGGACUACAUCGACCGGCCCCGGUGUUGCCUGCGGGGGAAGGAGUGCUGCAUCAACAGGUUCCAGCAGGUGGAGAGCCGCUGGGGCUACAGCGGCACGAGCGACCGCAUCAGGUUCACAGUUAAUAGAAGAAUCUCUAUAGUCGGAUUUGGUUUAUAUGGAUCUAUUCAUGGUCCCACGGAUUAUCAAGUGAAUAUACAGAUCAUUGAAUAUGAAAAAAAACAAACCCUGGGACAAAAUGAUACUGGAUUCAGUUGUGAUGGGACUGCUAACACAUUCAGGGUCAUGUUCAAAGAACCUAUAGAGAUCCUGCCCAACGUGUGCUACACAGCAUGCGCGACACUCAAAGGUCCAGAUUCCCACUAUGGCACAAAAGGAUUGAAGAAAGUCGUGCAUGAGACACCUACUGCUAGCAAGACUGUUUUUUUCUUUUUCAGUUCCCCUGGCAAUAAUAAUGGCACUUCAAUAGAAGAUGGACAAAUACCAGAAAUAAUAUUUUAUACAUAAUUCAGCAUUCUGAUACAUCUUGGCUAAAUAGUACCAUACCAUCUAGUCUCAAAGGCAUAAAAAACUGGCCACAAAAAAUAGUUUGUCAUGAAUAUUUAAAGUUUUAAGAUAAGAAACAUUUUAGUUUCUUAGAGGAGAUAAAGAAUGUUGAUUUAAAUCCCUGCAUGGUUUAAAAGCAGAUUUUCCAUUUUCUUAUAACCUUAGGGGAAAAGAGAACUGGGCGUUAACUAUUUAAAAAGAAAAAAAAAAAAACGCAGGUCUUUAAGCUUUAUCUUGUAUAAUUUCAUAGAUCAGCUGACUCAUGGUCUUUCCACAGUUUCAUAGAAAGAUUUUUGUUUCAGACAGCUGGUUUUGUUGUUGAUGUUGUUUUAACUGUUGUGAAGGUUAGAUGAGUUGGACUUACAGGCUUAUCUAUUCUGAAGGUUACAUGAGAUGAGAUGGGUCAGUAUUCCUAAAGAAUUCCCAUUAAUUCACAUAACUAAUUUCAAAGAAAACUGACCUUGUAUUUGGAGUUUUGAAGUAUCUGGUUGUUAGCAUUCAGAAUAUUGCUAGAAGUAGGCCUAAUAAAUGCCCAAGAACAUUCUCAAUGUAUUUACAAAAAAGGAUAUUUUGUAACAGUAUAUAGUCAUGUUACAUAGUACAGUUUUAAACUAUAAAUGGAGUUUGUACAGAUUCACAAUAAUGUGACAUAAACGGAGGGUCUAAAGGUAGAGUCUGAGACCGGAUUCUUUAUCACUAAUCUGCACCACUGUACUCGUGUGUCUGUAUGGGGAACACUCCUGAGAAUGCCCGAGAUUGAGAUGGCGCAGCUGGUGGCGACCGGCCAACCAGCAUCAGUUCAACAUUGGGGCGAUAAUCUUACAUAACAAGAAACUGAAUAAAAUACUGACUUUUCUAACAACUACUUUGAAAUUUUAAAGAUAACCAACAGAAUCACUCCUGCUGAAAAGUAUACUUUCUGUCACCUACACAGUUCUACCCAAGAAGUAAGAUAUGUUUCAUAUUUAUGACCUCACUCAUGUCACAGGUACAGCUGUAUUAGGAGGGGAUAGGAAGUAUACCUGGUAGAACAACAUUUGUAUACUUUUUUAUAAAGCAAAAUUUUUAUAUAAAUAACAUUCUCUUUUUCCCUCAAAAGUGAUUAUCUUGUUAAAAAAAAAAGCUUAUGUGUAAUUAAGUUUAAGAUAUAUCAAAUAGUUUUGGAAGAUGGUUAAAAAUCACAAUUCUUUUAAGUAACAACUUAAGAAUUGAGGUUUUCUAAAUAGUAAUUAGGACAAAAAUUUUUCAUCUAAAAUAGCACUUCAUUUUAUAUUUUUAAGAAGGUAGUGAGGUGUGUUGGUGGCAGAGGUCUCAAAAUUGCUGAAGAAGGGACAUUUUUCUAUCUCUGGUGUCUUACGGAUGUAAACCUCAGUUAACUGGAAUAUCUAUGAAAUGUGUGUGGUUCUGGUUGACUAAAGAUUAACCAGCAAAUACCCUGUAGUAACCAUUAUGGAAAGUACUUCUACCUUGUAAAGUAUGGUAUGCCCUGGGUUAGUAAGUUAAUGUUUUUUUGACAUUUGAGGCAUUUCAAAUGCUUUUCAAGUAUGUUGCACUGAACAAUGAUUGUAACUGAAGGUAACUAUAGAAGGGAUAAGAAACGGAACUGUUCGCUGAUAUGGGAUGUCCCCUGGAAUUUUUAAAAAAAUAAAUAUUAUC